AUAAAUCAGUUUGACAAAUUGUGGUUAAUUUUAAACCUUUGUUUGAUACAACUAGACAAGUGACAAAAUUAGCGAUUUAACUUUUACCUUAUAUCUGCUUUUCAAUAUCUCUAUCGAGUCUUUUACAUGAAUAGUUAUUAUUAAGUGAAUACAUUACUUUUCUGAAAUCAGUGAUUUGAUGAAUAGUGAAAAGAUAUUGGUAAAGUCAUCUGUAGUGUAAAUCAGAUUGAAAUCAAAUUUUAUUUCAUCAAAUUGUAUGGUUUAAUUGUUUACAUUCCAAGUACUACUGGUAUCAUUAUCAUUUAAAAUCAAUUCUUUUAUCCGAUAUUUCAGCGGACAUUUAUGGCUUACCUGAAACUUUCAACUCAUUAAUCGUAAUUUUCAGCUGUUGUAAACUUUUUGUGUUGCUAACAACCGAAUCUUUUUGGAAAUUUUUAUUAUAAUAAAAUAUCAUGGAUCAUUAUCUUCUGUGUAUUUCAAUUAUUUGGAUUACAACUUUGAUAUCAUCAGGUUCAGCAAUUCGUUGCUAUCAGUGCUCUUCAGAUGAAAACAAAACCAUUGACAGUUGUGGUGCCUAUGAAUCAUUUGACUCAAAUGCCAAUCCACUAGUUGAUUGUAUGAGUGAAGAUGCCGUGUCUUCAGGAACUUUCUGUUAUAAAUCAAUUCAACAAGGUCCAAGAGGAUUCAUCUGGGAUGGGCGUUGGAGAACAGUAAUCCGAAGAUGUGCUCAAGUUACUGAAACAGGUGUCAAUUGGGGCUGUGCUUGGGGUUACCGGGAGAAUGGUGUUUACUGGGAAGAAUGUUACUGUGCCAAGGAUGGAUGUAAUGCUGGCAAUAGCCUUGUUAUCGGAAAAUCAAUGUUCCUGUUGACUUGCUUAUCUACUUUCACAGUAUUGUUACUUUCAAUACUUUGAUGUAACUUUCGGCAUCGCUUUAUCUAAUUCAUAUUAAUUUAUCAAUUGGAACCAAUGUCAAUUCCGUCCAUUAGCUGCUUAUCACAACGCAAAUUUUGAAAAUCGAAAUGUCCAUCACACUCAACUACAAGACAAUCAAUUUUUCACCAUUUUUCAUUUUCAUGACAAAUCUUGAUGCAUAAUUCAACCCAUUUUGUAAAUAUUUUUUGCAAGAAUCUCAAAUAAAUCAAUGUUUUUGAAUAUCUGAAAA